UCACAUCAAGCUUUGUUGCACACUCGUCAUCUUCAGACCAUUCUCCUCUUUUGGGGUGAAAAUUAAAAAAAAAAAACAAAGUACCUUCAAGCCUUUUCCCCCUCCAGGUCCAGCAUGGGUGGACGCUUGGUGUUUCAGAGUGUGCUGAUCCUGUGGCUGGUGCGGAGUGCGCAGACUGGGGGUUAUGGUGCAGGAUUGUCUGCACUACCUAAUGGCCAUGAAGCACACUUCAACGGAAGAAGAGUGCACAAUGGUGGAGGCGCUGCAAGAACACUGAGGCCUACAAAAGGUGUAGGUUCACCAAUGGCUGCCCAGAAUGGAUAUCCUGGAUACCGUAACGGUGAAGGAACCGGCUAUGGAGGAGCUGCCGGGAUGGCCACUGACGUGGGAACCAAAGGCUACGUUGCAGGGAGAUUUCAAGGAAUGUGGCGACAAGGCUAUGGUCGCCAUUCUGGGCCCACCAACAAACAUCCAACGAAAGGCAACGGCUACAGAGCUCACGUCGGCACAUUUGCUGGACGAGGAAAUAAAGGUUAUGGAGGUCCUGCUGCUGGUCCCCAAACUGGAAUCAAAGGCCAGAUGAAGGGUUAUGGUCGUGCAACUGGAGCUCUUGCUGGAAAUGGAGUCGGGCCAAAUGGAUAUGGAGCAAAAGCUGGUCGACCAAAUGGAGCUGGAAACAAUGGCCUGGGGAGUGCUGGACGUAAACCCGUCAAAGGAUACGGCCAGCCGUACUACGGAGCAGGUGCUGGUGCGGGGGUGCCGCAGCUUGCCAGGAACCAUGGCAUGGGCACGCCAUAUAAUGGUUAUGGUGCACAACCAAUGGGUGGCUACACUGGUGGUCAUGGCAGUGCUGGAAUGAGCCUGGGACCUCGAUAUGGAAGCGGAGGGAUCAAAGGACCCAAAUCAGGUUAUGGACACCCCAAUAGUGGCACAAACUAUCCUGUCCAACCAGAAUAUGGCAAUAUUCCACAUGGGAAUGAUGGUGCGAAGCCCAACGGAUACGGAGUGAACAGAAGAGGUUAUGCGGCCGGACUUGUGCCGAGUGGAGCCAAACCUAAUGGAUAUGGAGCCGGAGUCACAAAAGGAUAUGGAACCAAACCCAAUGGCCCUGGAAAUGGUGCAGCGCUCGGAGGGGUGGGAAGUAAACUCAAUGGAUAUGGAGGAGGAGGACCUGGCUCGCCACCUCAGGCCUCUAAAGGCGUUGGGCCUAUGUCACUUCUGCAGGGUAGGAGUUCUCUCUGUUGUACAUACUCUUAA